GGAACCGCCGGGUUUUGCUCUUUCUCUUCUCUCUUCUCUUCUCUUCCUCCUUGGCUGCGCUUCUCCCGCGCCGACUUAGGGUUUUUAUGAAUUUUCCCAUUCCGUCGGUUUAGGGUUUGCGUGGCGCCUUCGCGCGGCGGCGGCGGCUAGGGUUUGGUUUUGACUCUCUCCUCCUCCUCCUCCUCCUCCUCCCCACCCAUAAAUUUUUCAACCAAAUCUCGAUUCUUUCCUGUACAGCCUGCGCCCUCGCAUUUGUGUGACGCCCACGUUCUCAAGAUCGCAACUUUAUUAUUUUUCUUCGUUUUUCUUUUUUUUUUUUUUCCUUUCAAGAGUUCGAGUUCGAGUUCGAUUCGUGCUCCGUCGACCCUUCGAGAAUUCGCUCGUUUUCCGCCCAAUUUCUGCUGUAUAUUUCGUGGGUUUUCUCUCCCCGGUACGCUCUCACUGUUCGAUCGUUCUGGGGAGGUCUCGGGGGUUCGGAGUUUCCUGAUUCUUGGGUGGUUUUCAUUCGUCUUGUUGCUCCGUUCUUGGGAUUUUCUUCGGGUGUCGAAAAGGGUCAUUCUUUUUUUAAUUCUUGGUUCCGGCAUUCGUUUUGAUUCGGCAGAUUUGCCAGAUUUCAGUAUAAAGAAAGCUUUUUGGUAGGUUUCGAGAUGAAUUUUUCCGAGCCUGGCCUUCCACUUAUGCCGGCGAUGCUCCAUUAUGUCGGCGGCGGGGUUGGCGGGGAUGCUGGCGGGUAUUGGUCCCAAUUUGAAUUGAAGAGCGAGGAAUUCGAUGUGAAUUCCGAGUUCGAUCAGCCGCUGGCCCCUCCCUCAAAGAGACCCAGGAACUUUGAGGACAACCGGUCCGGCUCCGUGGCCUCGAAUCCGAGGCCCAAUCCUCCCGUCAAUAAGGGGACGACCAACAUUUUCUGGAAGACCCGGAUGUGCGCCAAGUUCAAAAUCGGCAUGUGUCGGAAUGGCGAGAACUGCAAUUUCGCUCACGGCGUCGAGGACAUGCGGCAGCCUCCGCCCAAUUGGCAGGAGCUUGUUGGCGUGCGUGAUGAGGAUAAUAAGUCCUCGGGGAAUUGGGAGGAUGACCAGAAAAUUAUACAUAGGAUGAAGCUGUGCAAGAAGUUCUAUAACGGGGAGGAGUGUCCUUAUGGGGAUAGAUGCAACUUCCUUCACGAGGACCCGGCUAAGUUUAGAGAUGAUUCGGGGCGGUUUCGGGAGACCUCGGCAAUAUGCAUUGGAACCACCGGAAUGCCAACAGGGCAAGGAACUGGUUCUAGUCAGUCUGAUGUUAGUCGGCCCAACACUGGGGCGGAUAGCAGAGUUACUUCGAAACCUGUUUACUGGAAGACAAAGUUGUGUACUAAGUGGGAGAUAACAGGUCAAUGUCCUUUUGGUGAGAAAUGUCACUUUGCUCAUGGGCUAGCAGAUUUGCAGUCGCCUAGCGGACGAUUUGAAGGAGAUGCAGUGCAAACGGCCUUGGUUGUUGCUACAAAACCUCAACCUCAACUUCUUCAUAUCAAUGACGGCCCUCCUCUCAUGGCAGCAAAGGGUCCUACUUCGACGGAGGAAGCACAGAGCAAGAAAUGCUUACUGAGAUGGAAAGGACACAAGAAGAUCAACCAGAUUUACGGCGACUGGCUCGAUGAUUUGCCCCUGGUGCAAAACUUGCCGAACAAAGUCGAGAGUUGAUACUCCUUCGCCCGGAUCGAUCUCAGUGCCGUCAAAAUUCUUUCUUUCGCAAACACAAUUUGUCUGGCCUAGAUUAGUUUAUUAGUGCGUGGAAAAUGGAGGAUGCGGUCUGUACAUCACAUAAUUCUGUUUCAGGAAUUUAAUCUGGUGAAUGGGCUGUAGUUUUUCUGUUUCAAACCGUCGUCUUCCGUUUGGUUGGUGAUCAUUUUAGGAUUUGAUAUAGUUCUUGCAAUACAGGUGAUUUGUUCUUUCGUUGGCCUUUAUCAAUAGGUCAUUGAUUUUGUUGUCAGCUUAUUUUACUGGACUUCUAAUGGGCGUGCACAAAUUUGAUAGUGGAUCGUUUUUUGUA